CUAAAAAAUGUGGGCGUGGCUUGCAAAGUAACGUGGGAAAAGACGGUCAUGGCGGUGAAAACAUGCAAUAGAUUGGACAAAAAUAAGCUUUCCGUCCAAAUCUGGUGAAAGGUAUCGUUGGAAGUGCGUGCACACGUGAGGAUGCUAUUCGAGGAUACAGUGAAUCCAAAGAAAUAUUGCAAAAGAUAAACUGAACAAGUACAAGUGAUGAAUAUCAACGUGUCUUCUCGGACAACCAACGCAAUCUGCCAACUGUUCCACCCUCAUGUAGCCCGGCGUUGGAGUUCGGCUCACGCUCUCUCUCUGUGUAACCCGCGCCUUGGUUCAUUGACAUUGGCCCUCUUCCAUCAACCAAAUGUCAGAUCUAUCAUCGACAAACGAAAUGUUCUAGGACAAACGAAACAAGCAACACGAGAACUCGGGCAUUGUCCACAUUAUAUUUUUACAUCCAGUCGUCAUAAUCUUGGUUCAUUUGCCAAAGCCAAAGGAUUUGCAACUAGAUCAAGUUCUACCACUGUCAAAAACAAAAUGAAUUUGAAACAAGUGGUAUCACUUCUUGAAGAUUUUGCUCCCACAAGUCUGGCUGGAAGUUGGGACAAUGUUGGACUACUUGUGGAGCCUACCUCCCCACACAGUGUCUCCACCGUAUGCCUGACCAAUGAUCUGACAGAGGAAGUCUUGGAUGAAGCUAUUGAGAAACAGACUGAUCUUAUCCUCUCCUACCAUCCACCAAUAUUUGUUCCUCUCAAACGAUUGACGCAAAAGAAUGUGAAGGAGAAAAUAGUUGUAAAAGCUAUCGAAAAGAGAAUUGCUAUCUAUUCACCACAUACAUCUUGUGAUGCUAUCGAAGGAGGGGUCAAUGAUUGGCUUGUUGAGGGACUUGGAGAUACUAGAUCAAACAGACCACUGGAGCCAUGUUUAAAGAAAGGAGACGAUUACAGCAUAUCUGUGAUAGCGUCUCAGUUUGAUGCAGGAGUUAAGAUACAACAAAUUGCAGAAACUCAUAAUGUGAUAUGUAAAGCCACAAUGAACAGUGAUUACCAGAUUACUUGUUCCUGUAUGAAAUCAGAUCUGAGUAGUGUGAUAUCAUUGAUGAAAAGCAUUGAUAAUAUUGACCAAAGUAGCUUGAAUAUCACACAACUAGCCAAGGCACCAAUGACCAAGACAGGCAUUGGACGUAAGGCUACCCUCCAGACUCCUACCCCUGUAUCAACAAUGCUGAAUAGGAUCAAGACCCACCUUACACUGGACCAUAUCCAGGUAGCGCUUGGUCAAGGAAAAACAUUAGAAUCAGAAGUAUCUACUGUGGGCAUCUGUGCUGGAUCAGGUGCAAGUGUUCUUAAAGGGGUGAGAGCAGACAUGUUUCUGACAGGAGAGAUGUCACACCAUGAUAUCCUUGCAGCAACAGCAGAAGGAACAUCGGUUGUUAUCUGUAACCAUAGCAACACAGAAAGAGGCUACCUUCAUGUGCUACAGGGAAAACUGACCAGCUUGUUUGAGAAUACAAUCAAAGUUUUUGUGUCGGAGAAAGACAGAGAUCCACUUCAGGUUGUAUAAUAUACAUUGACACCUGUUGAUAAUUAAAAGACCAAAAAGAGACAAGAAAGUGGUCUUUUCGAUUAGGUGAUUUUCAUAAAAGGAAACCCAAAUUGUUGUCUUUUAAGACAUGUCUUUCGUUAAAGCUCAUGCAAGUUCUUAUCAUAGGAGGUGAGGUCAUCCUGUAUUUUUGUUUUCUUUCUUUGUUAUCUUUUCUAUACUGGUUUUCCUGUAUUUCCUUUUCUCUUUCUGUUGGCUAUGCUUGUAAAAUGAUUUGGAUAAACAAUCGUAGUUUUUGUAUGCCCUAAAAUGAGGCUUAUUGCAACAAGAGCAACACCUAGACUCUAUGAAGCUUUUUUGCUUUUACCAUAUUCAUUUUGAGCUAAGUAAAUGCUUGCCCUCAUUGUAGAGUUAUUCAGUUUUUAUUAUGGUAAAUCUAUGAUCAAAUAGACAAAAUAAUACAAAGUCUUAACAAAUCAAAAUCAAUGAUCCAAUAGUAGUAACCUUUAGAUGGUAUAAUUGCCAAGAUAAUGUUUUCAUUGAAUGAAAAUCUGGUUGUGAUUAAGUUUGCAGAAAAAUUACAUUUACCAGAAACUGAAUAAAAUAUCUGAUGACUUUCUAAAGUUUAUCUUUAUUUUUAGGUGAUAAUUAUACUCAGUCAGUUUUAAGUCAGUUUUGGAUAUAGUCAUUUAUGCUGCCUAAUCUUGAUACGAAGUUUAAAGGAAGAAUCCACCCUGAAAUGUUUUAUUUGAACAGAUGAAGAAAAUGAGGUUCCCUGGAUUUUUUUAUUAAAUGUGAUGAAUAUAGAUAGAAACUCUUCACUUAAUAAUAAUAAUAGUAGCUGCAUUUAUUAAGCACUUUUUGCCUGAGGAUACACAGUGCUGCUAUAAUUGCCCAGACUUUAGCUAUGCUGCCAUAUAGGCGCUGAAGCAUGCAGGAAUUUCUUCCUUCUUAGUGCCCAUUCACCUCACCUGGAUGGAGUGCAGCAUAAUGUGGGUAAAUUUCUUGUUGAAGGAAAACAAGCCAUGGCUGGGAAUCUAACCCAUGUCUCUCAGAUUGAAAGAUGAGUCAUAACAAAUAGACCAUGACAUCCCCCCCCCCCCAUAAUGGUCUAUCAGUAUGUACAUGUAUAUUGUCCUGUGCAUUAUUUAUAAAUAAAAAUAUACUAGUAUUUGACUCUUCUUAAUUUGUUUACAGCCAGUGUUAAUUUAGAGAUGCUGUAACUUUCUUAUUAUAUAUACAGGGGUGUGAGAGUUCAACUUUUUAACUGAUGUUAGCCGAUUUUUUUUUUAUUUACUUUUUUUUACUUCCAGCUUAUUCAGCUUUUUUGUGUACUUUUUACGAAAAGUAUAGGAUCUCUUGCCAGUUUAUUUCUUUUAAUUUAUGAUCACUCACACAUCCGUGUAUGAUUUUUAUGUGUUUUCUGAGUUAUUUACCUUUUUUGUCCUCAUAUCAGAUUGGCAUGAUAGAGUGAUGAUCCUUUAUACCAAAAAACUAUAAACAAUUAUUUGAGGUUUGAAGUACUGGAAAGGUUUAUCUCCAACAAAAAAAGUAGAAUGAGAUUGUAAGCUCAGUGUCAAUUUUUUUUGUCUUCAAUCUAUUGCUUUUCUGUAUAUCACAAUUUAUGCUUGCAUCCAUUGCUUAAAGUGCCACACUAUCAACGCUCAUCCAUUUGAUGAAACUUACAUGUAGAAUCGUCAUAAAAGUAGCCUGUUAGUACAAUGUUUCUUUUCUUUUCACGAUUUCCUCAAGUGAGAUUGUAUUUUUGUACCUAAACGUUUUUACUUAUGUGCCUGUUUAACAGAUUGAUUUAAUUUCUCCAAAAUAUGAAGUUAUGUUAUUUUGUAAAUUCUGUUUUUAUGCGUUUGACAAGAGCCACUAGUCUACACUAGAUUUCAAAUACAAUAUGUCAAUAUAGAUAAGAAUAAUACUUAAUACAGACUGAUCACCAUUGAUGCUUUUAACCUUUUAUAUUUUGAAAUACAGUAGAAUUGAUUAUUUCAUUCAUCCUUUCUCUGUAAACAAAAAUGAAAAUGGUAAAUGUAUAAACAUUCAUUGAAGAAAAGAAAUUUAGAUUGUUUGGUUGAUUUACAUCACCUUCUGUAUGUUUUGCAGAUAAGCAUGUUGUUGUCAUAUAGGCCUGGGGCGGUAUUCUGAACAUUGUCUUAUCUCCAUAUUU